AUGCACUUGCAAGUGGUGGAUGUGGAUCGGAACAAUUUGUUGAACGAGCAAGAAUACGUCAAAUUUGUGCAUCAGAUUGUCGCCUACUACGACCGCAACAUUAGCUUUCACAAUCAUCCCACGUGGGGCAAUCGACUCGACGACUUGCCACUGGCCGUACAAGUCAACUACGAUCAUCUCAAUCAAGGUGGAGCCAUUGAAAUUCUCGGCUAUAGACCUAACGAUAUCGGUACCAUUGUGCAACAAGAUGACAGUAACAGCCAAGAAGAAAAACUCUUACGACAACAACGAUUCCUCAUUCAAGUCUGUGUGCAUACCGAAGUUGCUGUGCAUCAGGUAUUGACUCAUGCACCCCAACAACCCAUUCCCGAUGUCACUGUCGUCGCGGGAUAUUCUUCGUUUGCAUUGCACAAUACAGUCGGCAUUCGCAGUCAAGACUUGAUGGCACAUAGUCACAAUCGCAAAGCACUCGAUCUGGCGUAUCCCGCACUCGUCACACAAGUCGUCAGCGAGAAAACGGGCGUCUCCUUGACCAAUCCCGCCUUGACACGACGACGACGACGACGACGACAGUUGACCGUCGCCAUUGAUCCACAUCGACCCCAAAUCUAUCGCAUCGACAAUGUCGAGUGUCCCGGAGUCAAUACUACCGCAACACCCGCCGCACUAAUUACCGAAUGGUGUCAAGAAGCCUUCGGGCAGUUUUUGUUGUAUUAUAUUUUGGUCGGACAACAACCACAAGAUGUCGACGAGUAUUCGCAAGCCGUGCAAGUGGCGACCGAGGAAGGACGGUUACAACAAAUCCUACAACAGAUUGAUCCCACGGCGGAAGUGACCGUCGUGGGGGCCGCCUCGAGUAUCAAGGCGCCCCCUCCCACACCGUCUCCCACGCAUGCGCCCCAUCCGGUGCCCACUGCGGCACCGCAUACCCUUACUGUCGUUACGGUGGCAGAGGAAGAAGAACCGGAUGACAAUCUCGUUCUUAUUUUCACAUUGGCGGGCGUCUUGAUGACGAUUAAUUGUUGUAUCAUUGGCGUAUCCAUGUACAUGUGUCUCAAGAAUCGCAAUCAACCCAUACUGGACGAUGACGAUGACGAUCUUCCCGAAGACUACUAUCGACUGCAAAAGAAUCGCAAGAAGAAACUGAAAAAGAAGAAAAAACGCAGUGGUCGCUUUGACUACGAUCCCAAUAGUAAUAGAAGUGACACCCAGUCCAAUCCACCCACAUUGGAAGAAAUUGAAGCGGCCAAUACCAUGCCAGUGGACGACGACGAUGCCCGUCAACGAGACCGCAUCAUGUCGGGGCAGCCAUUGCCGGCUGUAUACGAAGAAGAUGAAUCAUCUUUGCCCGUUAGUGGCGGCCAAAUGGCGUAG